CUUCAAUACCUGUCGAGAUUAGCAUUAUGGAUAUACUUUCGUAAAAUUCAAAUUAUUUGUAGAACACCUAUUCCUGCUGAAGGACCUUUAUUAGUAGCAGCCAAUCAUUCUAACAUGGUAUUAGAUCCCAUCGUGUUAAUUGCGACGUUUCCUCACUCAAGACCUUGUCAUUUUUGGGCACUUGAUCGUUUCUUUCGAAUUCCUCUUGUUGGAAAAAUAUUGGAAGCAGCUGGAGUAUUACCAGUAAACACGAAGACACAUAGUAAUGCUGCAUUAUUUAAACAUACAUUAGAAUCUCUUGAUCAAGGUGCUGUUGUUGCUUUAUUCCCUGAAGGUACAUCAUAUACAGCGCCUAACCACUUACCUUUUAAAAAUGGCAUAUCCUGGGCUAGCUUUGAGUAUCUUACGCAAAUAGCUAAUCGAAAUAUAGAAAAUGAAUCUAAAAGUAUAUCAAUUAUUCCCGUCGGUAUUACAUACACUACAAAGAAUAAAUGGAGAAAUGAAGUCAUUGUAGAAUAUGGUGAUCCUAUUAUUCAAACUUUUGAUGAACUUGAAAAAUUCCAAGAAAAUCCUAAAAAGACAGUUAAAUAUUUGACAGAUCGUAUUGCUAAAGAAGUUGAACGUAGUACGAUCAAUAGUCCAGAUUGGGAUACAACAAAUGCUGCAAACGAAGCAAGACUUAUUCUAUUUGGAGAUAAUAAAAGUAUUCAAUUAGAGGAAUAUGUGCAUAUAUGUCAAAGUUUUAUUGCAUUAUUUAAUCUUAAUAAUACGACUGGAUUGUAUUUUGCAGAGCGAAAUGAGCUUAAAGAAAAUCUGCUUUUAAUUUCCAAAAAAUUAAAAAGUCUUCGGUUAAAUGCUUGUGACAUUAGCAUGUAUGAGAAUCAAGAGAUUACAAAAACAAAGGCAGCACUCAGACUUGUAUCAACUUGGAUGGCUCUUGUUGCUCAGAUACCCUUAUUUUUACCUGGAAUGAUCAUCAAUUCACCUUUCUAUAUUUUGGGUAAAUUAAUUAAUUCUUAUGAGCCUUAUACAGAAUCAGUGGCACAGGACAAGAUUAUUUUCAGUUCCCUUUUGGCUAUACCUGUUUAUGGUACCUUGAUUUGGUUACUUUGGAAAAUGACAGGCUACGGCUUUAUUAGUUUAUUAUGUGUUUUAAUGUUAUUACCAUUAUUUGCUUGGUAUCAUAUGGCUUUGAUUGAUAAAAACUAUGACAUGUUAAAAGAAGUGAUUGCAUCUUGGAGAAUAUUUAUUGCUGUU